AGGAGGAGUUGCCUGGACGACGCUGAGGGGGGGUGGGGAAGCGAGUGAGGGUUCUCUAUGACAAAUCGCCUGGGGACUGCUGGGGUCCGGCCCCAGGAGGGGACGGGACGCGUUUAAGAGCGGCGGGCCGGGUGCGGACUGGCGAGGCAGCAAGGCCGCGCGGGACGAGUCCCAGCUCUCCAACUGGGUCUUCUGUCUGUGUGUCACCACCUCAGAAAACAGGCAAGAUGGCUGCAAACAAGAGCAAGGGCCAGAGCAGCUUGGCCCUGCACAAAGUGAUCAUGGUUGGCAGUGGAGGGGUCGGCAAGUCGGCCCUGACACUUCAGUUCAUGUAUGAUGAGUUUGUAGAAGACUAUGAACCUACCAAAGCUGACAGUUACAGAAAGAAAGUGGUUCUUGAUGGUGAAGAAGUCCAGAUCGAUAUUCUGGACACAGCUGGACAAGAAGACUAUGCUGCCAUUCGAGACAACUACUUCCGGAGUGGGGAAGGAUUUCUGCUUGUGUUUUCAAUCACGGAACACGAAUCCUUCACAGCAACUGCUGAGUUCAGGGAACAGAUCCUCCGAGUGAAGGCUGAAGAGGAUAAAAUUCCAUUGCUGGUCGUGGGAAACAAGUCUGACUUGGAGGAGCGGAGGCAGGUACCCGUCGAGGAGGCCAGGAGCAAAGCAGAAGAGUGGGGCGUGCAGUACGUGGAGACAUCAGCCAAGACGAGGGCCAAUGUGGACAAGGUGUUCUUCGACCUAAUGAGAGAAAUCAGAGCAAAGAAGAUGUCAGAAAACAAAGACAAGAAUGGCAAGAAAAGCAGCAAGAAUAAGAAAAGCUUUAAAGAAAGAUGCUGCUUGCUGUGAAGAUCAAGCUGGUGGUGGGGCCCAUUGCUCUGAGGACAUGGGGCUGGGCCAGGGAGCCGGGUCUGUGCUUGACCUCUAGUUGUACUUCCUGCUCUCCCCAACCUGUUCACCUGCACUUCUGUAAAUGGGGAAAACACUUGUGAAUCAGUGGCUGGCCGAAGAAAUAAGCCCUUGUCCAUGCAGUGGACUGGCUACUUUGCCAGGAGCGUCAGAGUUUCUGCUCUCCCUCCCUCUUUCCCUCCCUCCAGACAGUUUAGGUAUAUAGUGCUGUAGGUAGGAGACAGUCAAGUGUGGAUUUUUAAAAAGUACUGUAAUAAUACCUUAUUUUUCUCUAGUUUUAUAACUUUACCAUCUUUUGUUUUGAAAUAAAAUUGUCUUUUUAGUAGGUUUUAGAAGAGGACUCUCUAUCGAUUUCACAAUAGUACUCAGAAAAAUCCAGCAAAUUCUAGUAAGACUUGACAAGUCCCAAAACUUUUUAGGUAAGUUUCUUGGCAGUUCCCUGAGAAUCUGAAGUGUGGCUAGGAAAAUGAACUUGAAUUAGGCCAAAUAGAUCAACACCAGAAUCUAGUUGUAAGUUGUUCUCUUCAUAUUUAGAUAUUGGCCAGUUACAGUCUGCAUUGGCUCUUUUCCUCCUCAGUCUCCUGAUGUUGUGUAGAAAAUGAUUUUGGGGUGGUGGACUAAGUGAAGAGGCGAGAGCAGUAUACUUUAUAGAUGACACACUGUUGUAAUCAGAUCCUUGUCAAGCCCUUUGGUGAGGACUCGCCUACCUGCUGACCGCCUGGCGCGGCCCCUCUUCACCUAUCCUUAGCCCUGCCCUGAUCUAUGGCAUUGCUUCCAGAGGUCCAGUGAGCUGCCCCUUCUUUCGUUCAGUGUAAGAUGAAUCUUCUGAAAAAUGUGAUGACUUAAAAUUGUAUCCUAAAAUCAUGAAGCCAGAGCCUGUGGCCAACCUGCUACCUCUCAUAGAAUUGCUCAGUAAUUCUAAAUUUACAAUUAGAAAAAGUGGGGAAAGAUAAAACCAUUGCCCCAUUACCGCUAAGAAUUGGCUGCUGUUUCUAAUGUGAUUCUUUUCUGAGAUAGUUGUGUAGUUAGUCAGAAAAAGAUUUGUAUUGAGGAGAGACCAUUCAUUCUUCUUACUGUAUCAGUAUUCUAAACUCAGCAAUCAGAAGUGUUCUCAUCAGGAAAGGAUUACUGUGCCCAGAGCCUGGUGGGCAGCACAUUUCCCCCAUUUUUCAGAAGUGAACAUUACAUGUUUAGGUGCCAAAAGUGAAUUGGGGUGGGGAGAGUAGGAACCUGUAGAAUUUAUGGUUAUUACAAAGACUGUGGAAAUUAUGGUGUGACUCCUGGAAACCAAUCUUGCAUCACCUCCCAAAGAAUCAUGGGCCUUUUUGAAUAAAAAAAAGCAAACACACUU